GUUUAUUGUUACUUCCGUAGCUUUUAAGCAAGCACCACACGAAAACGACUAUACGUACAUGAAAGCUCCUCUCGGGGUUAUUCGCACUCAUAUAACAGUGAUUUUAAAAUGUCUGCUCGGUUGAUUAUCAGGGCUUUCGUGAACGAGCGUCUGACAGCUGCUGCCGAGGAAAUAUUUCAGGUUUUUGAAAGAACAAUCAACAAAUAUGAAGAGGAAGCGUCCAGUUCACAACAGGAGAUUGAACGACUCCGAGGUUUACUGCUGGAGUUUGUGACCAACCAGAGAACAGACUUCUCUCAGUCGUCCAUCUGUAAAGAGGAAACUCCCUCCGAGCAACACCACUGUGAGCGGGAGCCGAGCCGCAGUGUCUGUCAGAGGGACCCGGAGCCUCGACACAUUAAAGAGGAAGAUCCUGAACUCUGGGCCAGUCAGCGACAGGAAGAAGACAAACAGGUCCAAGAGUUUAAGGAUGCUGAUGUCUCACACCUACCUCAUUUAUCUGCCUGGGAUGAACAGGGGGACACGAAACCACUUCAGACUCAAAACAGUGACAGUGAGGAGCAGUUUGAGGAGCUGCAGGAAACUAAAACUGUACAUCAGUUCGUUCUACCUCUCGCCUCAACUUCACAAACUCUGAUCCAAAAUCAAAGGGUCCAAGAUGGAAGGGAGAACGAAAGACCUGCUGCAAGUUUUACAAACCAAACACAGACAGACCAAAGUCAGAGCGCCGUUACCAUUUCCACCGAGUUAUCCCAUUUGAAUUCGGUUUUACCUGAUUAUCGUUGCUAUUUGUGUGAUAAAUGCUUUUCCUCCAAUCACCACCUGAUAAAUCACGCUUCUCGCAUGCAUUCGAAGGAAGAAGAUGUCCUCUGCGCCGUGUGUGGGAAGACCUUAGAGUCCACCGAAAGUCUCAACCUGCACCUCAAACUGCACAAGGGCUCGAAAUGCUGUCACGCGUGCGGUAAACACUGCAACAGCACGACCGCUCUGGCCGAACACAUGGCCAGCCACGCCGGGGUGAAGCUGCAUCGCUGUCACGUCUGUGGGAAAGAGUGCAGCCGGAAAGGAGACUUAAAGAUACAUAUGAGGAUUCACACGGGAGAGAAGCCUUUCUGCUGCUCUUAUUGUCUUAAAAGUUUCACCCACAGCGGACAUUUGAGGAAGCACCUGAGGAGCCACACGGGAGAGAGACCGCACCAGUGUGACAUCUGCGGCAGAGGGUUUCUACAGAGCGCACACCUGAAAUACCACCUAGGGACUCACGCUCAGAAAUACUGACUUUCUCAUCAAAUACUGCUAAAGAGCCAACUUAGGAGUAAACAAGCUCUCUGUUCAUGAUUGAUAACUUGAUCAGUCACAGUAUGCUCAGAGUAAGAAGAGCCUGUCAGAGGCAACAGAUGCCAUAUUGUUCAUCCUUGUGUAAAAAAAAUCCUUAUAUUUUACUAGAAAGAUGGUUUUCAGAUGGCUGAAAUUGAAACUUUCUGUGUAGCGGGAUUUAAAGGAUGUUGAAUCUACGUGCUUGGUUUAGCUCAGACUUGUUGUAAACAUUAAUUAAAGUAAUUAGUUAACUAAGAACAACCUGGAACUUUUUACCACCUUUAUCAGUAUAGUUUUAUGCAGCAGGUGUGCUGUCCACUUCAGCAGCAGCUUGUCAAAUAAAAAUAAACUUCAACAACA